UGAGGAUUCAUGGAGGAUUGAGCGGCCUCUUACAUGUUUUACUACCUCGACAAGUACAAAAAGUCUACGUCGGUCAACCCAUGAGAUCUGAGGAACUAUUUGACAAUUAGUUUCAUAGGAGUUGAUUGGCCAGACCUAUACAUUAGACUCCAAUAUUGCCAAUUCUCCACAUCCCAUAGGCUUGUGAUUUGAACCCAGGCCUCCAUCCUAAAACAAAUAUGUUUUAGGCUGGUUGUUUAAAAAAAAAACAGACCGUUUGCUUAUUUCAUCAGCAGCAUACCUCGCCCUGGGCCACUGUGUUUACCCAGCCUAAAAGGGCCUGAGAGGCUGACAAGCAGCAUUCCACACAAAAGCCCCAUUCACCAGCAACAGGAACCAAGACCGACGCUGCCACGUCAAAAUGCUUAAGCACACAGCACUGGAGAAAAUGUGUUUUACUCUCCUUUGACCAAGGAGACAGCGUGGGACUGCCCACCACCACUGUGCGGGACAGACAGGGGACAACGAUGCUGGGAGAGGCUUGUCGGAGCAGUGGAUCGCCGCAGGUUUGGUCAUCAAAUAACCCCGACAGGUUAUCUGCGCUAGUUAACUGAAUGCCAAUUAAACGAGGGCAUGUUUGAAAUGAAGGCAUGGGGGCAUGCCGCUGUAAAAGCCGGGACUGGUUUUUGGCCUGUCCUUUAGAACCACACGCUUCCUGGCGGAAUAAGGAGCGAGUCUGAUACGUUUUUGAACUUUGGCUGAAUCGGUUAAGGGACGUCGAUGGGAAUCGAGGCUACCUGGAGAGCAGCAAUAACAGCUCGCAGAGCGGACAGGCGGUCCGGUUUGUCCCGGUGUGAGAAAUGUUGCGUGUUCGUUUACAAACGGACCUACGCCGUGUGCUUGACCACACUCGGGUUAUUGUUGUUCCUGGGAGUCUACCUGUCCUACCUACUGGACGCGUCCACGCUGGAACCGGUUGUUUCGGCCUCUGAGGAGAGCGGCGCGGUGACGCUCCUGAUCUGGACGCAUCCGUUCGAUCGGUACAGCAAACUUCCGGACUGCUCCGCGCUCUUUCGGAUCGACGGGUGCACGCUCACCGACAACGUGCGCGAGUACCCGCGGGCCGACGCGGUGGUCAUCCACCACCGGGAGGUUGCCACCGGCAAAGCAAAGCUGCCACCGGAGCCGCGGCCACCUGCGCAAAAGUGGAUAUGGAUGAACUACGAAUCGCCCGCGCACACACCCAGACUGUGGAGGUUCAAUGCUGUUUUCAACCUCACAAUGAGCUACCGGACAGAUUCAGACAUUUUCCUGCCGUACGGAUAUCUGAUCCCCCGUGCGCCGUCAGGCAAGACUCCCCUGAACCGCUACGCGCACCCUCUCCACAAACCCUCGAGCUCACACCUCCUCCGACCCCGCCUCGUGGCCUGGGUCAUCAGCAACUGGUCGGAGUCCCAUGCACGCGUGGCCUUCUACUACCAGCUCUGCCGGCACAUCCAGGUGGAUGUGUUCGGGCGCGCAGGGCGGCCGAUGCCGAAGGAAAUCGGCGGCUUGGUGCAGCUGGUCGGAAGCUACCAGUUCUACCUGGCGCUGGAGAACUCGCAGAGCACCGACUACAUCACAGAGAAGCUGUGGAACGCGUUGCUGGCCGGUGCCGUCCCGGUGGUCCUGGGUCCGUCCAGGAAGAACUAUGAGCGCUUCCUGCCCCCCGAGGCCUUCAUCCACGUGGACGACUUCCCCACAGUAGGGGGGCUGGCAGGGUACCUGCUGACGCUGAGGCGCAACCCGGCCCGGCUGAGGUGGCACCUGGACUGGAGGAAGGGCUACAGCGUGUACAAGCCCGUCUUCUGGGCUGAACACUACUGUGCGGCCUGCAGGGCGGUGAGGAGGUCCAGAGGCAGGGCUGAUGUUGUCAAAGACCUGAGAGGCUGGUUUCACUCGUGAAAACUGAACUGAGGGCAAAGC